AGAAAAAAUGAAAAGGUAGCCUCAUGGCAUGGCGAGUCCUCUGGUGACAUUUUCAGUGCUCUAGCUCCACUUGAUCGGCCACAAUCAUUUGCAUUUGCUUCCUACUUCCCGACAUUUCCCUGCGUCCUCUCCUCUCGGCUCCGGAGGGAGGGGGAGCUCUUAGAUCGCACCUAGAAACAAGGUCUCCACCAACCAGAGUCCGAUUUUCACAGAACCCGCCCUCCGCCAACCAAUCGCCGUGAUCUACGGCCAUCCACCAGCCAAUCACCGACGCCGAUGGCCAGUAACCGACCAAUCACAGACACGACCAGGAAGUACCCGGGCUGAUCCACAGAAUGCAGCGCCCCAUUUCCCCAUUUAGAUCGGGUCCGGGGCCUUCCCCGUCAGCACUCUUGCGUGAUCCGAGACUAGCUAACACGUCCGACGAUGGCCCGUCCUACGAGCCUGCUGGCGCUGCUAAUGCCAGCGCUGUGCGCCCUGGCGCAGAUGGACAACCGGCAACGUCAGGAGCUUCUGCAGCAAAGCAGGAUGCAGCAGCAGCUGUUCCGUGUGCUCCCCGACCACCUUCAGCCGAAGUUUGACUCUGACGACGGAGGCGACCACUAUCCGGCCCGCACCAGCGACCACUACUGCAGGCUGUUCGGAGGGCAUUCGCUGUGUCAGGUGCCGCACACCCGACAGAGCUGUGGCUUCGUGCGCCGCCGCCGGCUCUCUGUGGAUGAGAGCGCCGCCAUCCUGCACAGGCACAACAUGGAGCGCAUGCUGGUGGCCCAGGGCCGGCGGCGCGGUCGGAACGGGGAGCUCCUGCCCAGCGGGGCCAACAUCAUGCAACUGAGAUACGACGUGGAGCUGCAUGAUGUGGCCCAGGGUGCUGCCGACCGCUGCGUGGACGGACACGACUGUCAUGAAUGUCGCCAAGUCGCGCGUGGCCACGUCGGCCAGAACGUAGCGCAGCGGAGCUUCUCGAUGGGUCGGGGUCCGCUCUCGCGCCAGCAGCUGCUGCGGGUCAACCUGCGUCCCCUGGACGCCAUGGGCGGCUGGCUAGAGGAGCUCACUCGCCUCGGUUCGUCGGACGUUCACAGUCUGUCCGGUGGCACCGGCGCCGGACACUACACCCAGGUGAUCUGGGCCACGACUGAGAUGCUCGGAUGCGGCUGGAUUGAGCACGCGGAAAGGGGAGGGCUCUCGUUCCGACUGUACUGCAACUAUGCACCUCACGGAAAUUCUAUUGGCAAACAAGUCUAUCAGGCCGGUGAGCCGUGCUCCGCCUGCCCUCAAGGUACCACGUGCUCCACGGAGUAUCCGGGCCUCUGCAAGCGGCUGUGAGCCGCCGAGCACGGCUCGCCAGCCGCCGUCUUCUUCCAUACGUUUUAUCUCAUCUUCAUAUUUCCGUAUGUGUCGACACUUGUCUUCAAAACAUGAAACUUCAAACUUUUGUGACCGUUGUAAGUGCUAAUGAAUUGAGCGUCGCCGUGACCUGCGUUGUCGAUGGCUGGCCUCGCCCUUGUGCGGUCCCCACGGGGUCAGCCCAGCCCCCAAGGGGUCGCCACCUGGGCUCGCCCCUGCGCCGGGCCGCGAGGGAAGGACUCGCAGUGACGACCGUGACGACUGUCCCCAUUCAGACUCGAUCAGUCCUUCGGUCGGCCGGUCAGUGGCGUGGUACGGUGGCACCGCCCGCCGCUUAUGUCUAACAAAUUGCUGAUGAAAUAAAUAUAUAACAUGCUGA